AUGGCAGCAGUCCUCAACGGCUUCUCCCCAUCACCACGGCGGCCAACAGCCCACCUGCAAAUCAGAUAUACCUCGCGCCUUCCGAAUACCAGAUACUCCUCGCCCAUCAUGUCCUCCCAAUCAAUUCUCACAGCCACAAUCACAGACACACCUGACCACUGGCGAAUCACCACCUACAUCCGCAAUACCUCAUCUCAACCACGAUCCCAGUCGAUAAAGAUCGAUGCGUGGCCAAUGUUCUCGCCUGAAGAUGCGCAAUUCGUCGCAUCGGCUAGUACCGAGACUGCUGUGGCGCCCGGACAACAAGGGAAGGUCGAGGUGGAGGUAGCGAAGCGGGAUUUGGCUGACUUUGAUGAGAGGACGGGGAAAUAUGUCCUGCAAGAGGGGAUGUAUAUGUUUGAGCUGAAGAGUGUGGAGGACGUGAGCGUGGGUGUGGGAAUCGUGAAGCAAGUCUCUGUUGUGGGGAGGAUGGUGUGGAGACUACUCAAGUCCCGGAGUCGGCAAUUCAUUCUAUUCAGACCAUGA